UUAUAUAUUUAUCCUUCUUCGAUCUACUUAGUUUAACAAUUCAUUAAAGGAGAUUACGAUGGAGCAGGGAGUGAGCGCUCCAGGGAGCUCGGUGCACGGGUUGACGGGGAGGGAGCCCGCAUUCGCGUUCUCGGUGGCGGCAGCGGAGGCGGGGGUCGAUGCGGCGGGGGGCAAGUUCAGCCUGCCGGUGGACUCGGAGCACAAGGCGACGGCGUUCAAGCUGCUGUCGCUGGCGAAGCCGCACAUGCAGACGUUCCACCUGUCGUGGAGCUCCUUCUUCACGUGCUUCGUGUCGACGUUCGCGGCGGCGCCGCUGGUGCCGAUCAUCCGCGACAACCUCAACCUGACGAAGGGGGACAUUGGUAACGCCGGGGUGGCCUCCGUCUCCGGGGCCAUCUUCUCCCGUCUCGUCAUGGGCGCCGUCUGCGACAUGCUCGGCCCCCGAUACGGCUGCGCCUUCCUCAUGAUGCUCGCCGCCCCCUUCGUCUUCUGCAUGUCCCUCGUCUCCAACGCCGGCGGGUACAUAACGAUGCGGUUUCUGAUCGGAUUCUCGCUGGCGACGUUCGUGUCGUGCCAGUACUGGAUGAGCACGAUGUUCAACAGCAAGAUCAUCGGGCUGGCGAACGGGACGGCGGCGGGGUGGGGGAACAUGGGGGGCGGGGCGACUCAGCUGAUCAUGCCGUUGGUGUACGACGUGAUCCGCAAGGCCGGGGCGACGCCUUUCACGGCGUGGCGCAUCGCCUUCUUCAUCCCGGGGUUUCUCCACGUCAUCAUGGGCCUGAUGGUGCUCAUCCUCGGCCAGGACCUCCCCGACGGCAACCUCACCAGCCUCCAGAAGAAGGGCGACGUCGCCAAGGACAAGUUCUCUAAGGUGCUGUGGUAUGCGGUGACGAACUACCGGACGUGGGUGUUCGUGCUGCUGUAUGGGUACUGCAUGGGGGUGGAGCUGACGACGGACAACGUGAUCGCGGAGUACUUCUUCGACCGCUUCGACCUCAACCUCCGGACGGCCGGCACGAUUGCGGCGUGCUUCGGCAUGGCCAACAGUGGCUGGGGCAUGCGCGCCCGCCUCUGGAACGUGUGGAUCCUCGAGACCCUCGGCGGCGCCUUCUGCCUCUGGCUCGGCCGCGCCAACUCCCUCCCCGUCUCCGUCGUCGCCAUGGUCCUCUUCUCCAUCUGCGCCCAGGCCGCCUGCGGCGCCAUCUUCGGCGUCAUCCCCUUCAUCUCCCGACGCUCCCUCGGCAUCAUCUCCGGCAUGACCGGCGCCGGCGGCAACUUCGGCUCCGGCCUCACCCAGCUCCUCUUCUUCACCAGCUCAAGGUACUCGACCGCGACGGGGCUGGAGUACAUGGGGAUCAUGAUCAUGGCGUGCACGCUGCCCGUGAUAUUCGUGCACUUCCCGCAGUGGGGGUCGAUGUUCCUGCCGGCGUCGACCGACGCGGCCAAGUCGACCGAGGAGCACUACUACGGCGCCGAGUGGUCGGAGGAGGAGAAGAGCAAGGGGUUGCACCACGCCAGCUUCAAGUUCGCCGAGAAUUGCCGGUCGGAGAGGGGGCGCCGCGUCGCCUCCGCCCCAACGCCGCCCAACACCACGCCGGAGCACGUCUAGAAUAAACUAGCUAUAACACAUACAUACAUAUAUAUGAUAUGCGUAGUUUUUACGUGUAUUUGAUGUGGAUGCAUGGGUGCAAUUGCUCUACCUGUACUGAGGCAGUAUUUGAGCGAAGUUGAUUUCUGAAAGCAUUUAAAGGCUACUUAAUUAAUGAGUAUAAUGAUGUAUAAGCAGUAAAGAUUUUGCUAAAUAAUGUAUUCAUCAGCUAGAUGAAACAUUAUGUACCUGUACUCUUGUGUGUACUGGUUAUACGUGCAAUAUAUUUUGUCGCAGUACAAUAAUCCAAAAUUUUA